AUGUCUCCCAGCCAACCGCUACCACCAAAAGAGAAUGCCCUAUUUAAAAGAAUAUUGAAAUGCUACGAACAUAAACAAUACAAGAAUGGGCUAAAAUUUGCUAAGCAGAUUUUAACCAACCCGAAGUUCGCGGACCAUGGAGAAACGUUGGCUAUGAAAGGGCUGACCCUGAACUGCCUAGGAAGGAAAGACGAAGCUUAUGAAUAUGUUCGCAAAGGGCUCCGGAACGACCUCAAGAGUCAUGUGUGCUGGCACGUGUAUGGCUUACUACAGAGGUCUGACCGGAAAUAUGAUGAAGCCAUCAAGUGCUACAGGAAUGCUCUCAAGUGGGACAAAGAUAAUAUACAGAUUCUUCGCGAUUUGUCACUGCUUCAAAUCCAAAUGCGUGAUUUGGAAGGAUAUAGGGACACUAGGUACCAAUUAUUCAUGUUGCGGCCGACUCAGAGGGCAUCGUGGAUUGGAUUCUCGAUGUCCUAUCACUUGCUUAAAGAUUAUGAUAUGGCGCUCAAGAUAUUGGAAGAGUUUAGGAAAACACAAACGAAACGUGGGUACGACUAUGAACACAGCGAACUAUUGCUCUAUCAGAACAUGGUGAUGCGAGAGGCUGGUGAACUGGACGAGGCACUUGGUCACCUCGCACACAACGAGGAGCAGAUCUGCGACAAACUGUCUGUGCUCGAGACGAGAGCAAACCUGCUGAUGCAGGUGGGUCAGUAUCCAGCGGCCGAAUCGAUAUACAGGGAGCUCUUAAACAGGAAUCCUGAGAACCACGAGUACUAUCAUGGCUUAUUGAAAGCGCUACGGCAACAGGGUGUCGAAGAUGAACUCAAGCUGUUCGAGGAAUGCCAGGACACAUUCCCAAGAGCACAGACACCUCGAAGAUUACCACUUAAUUUUGCCACAGGUGAACAGUUUCGUGUGUUAGUGGACAAAUACAUGCGGAAAGCACUUCACAAAGGUGUACCUCCACUCUUCACAGACCUUCGGCCUCUCUACACCAGUCCUGAAAGAGUGAAAAUUAUUGAGCAGUUGCUGACUUGUUACAUUAGUUCUCUAAAGAAGUACGAGGUCUUCUCUGAAAAAGAAAAGGACUCUGAAGAAAAAGAACCUGCCACAGCGCUCUUAUGGACUUACUACUAUGCAGCACAGCACUACGACUACCUGGGCUGCACUGCCAAAGCUUUAGAUCUAAUAAAUGCUGCCAUUGAGCACACGCCAACACUCAUUGAACUCUUUGUCGCCAAGGCUAGGAUAUACAAGCAUGCUGGGGAUAUCCAUGAAGCCUUGAGGUAUCUAGAUGAAGCCCAAGCUCUGGACACGGCGGAUCGCUACAUCAACUCGAAAUGUGCGAAAUACAUGUUGCGGGGAAACCUCAUCAAGGAGGCAGAGGACAUGUGUGCAAAGUUCACUAGGGAAGGUGUCUCUGCAGUCGAGAACUUGAAUGAGAUGCAGUGCAUGUGGUUCCAGACCGAAUGUGCCAUGGCGUACCAGCGGCUAGGGAAAUGGGGUGAGGCUCUUAAAAAGUGCCACGAAGUGGACAGGCACUUCUCGGAGAUAAUGGAAGACCAGUUCGACUUUCACACGUACUGUAUGCGGAAGAUGACAUUGCGUGCUUACGUGAGUCUCCUAAGGCUGGAGGACGUGCUCAGGGCCCAUCCUUUCUACUUCAAGGCUGCAAGAGUAGCCAUCCAGGUUUAUCUUCAACUUCACGACCACCCUGUUGCGGAAACAGAGGCAGCAGAAGAGAUCAACACAGCCAACAUGGCCCCCGGAGAGCUGAAGAAGCUGAAGAGCAAACAGCGCAAGGCCCGGCGGCGAGCCGAGCAGGAGAAGGAGAAGCAGACCCUGGCGCAGGAGAAGCAGAAGUCCCGGCAAGCUCAGCAGGCGCAGCAAGCGCAGCAGGACGGCGGCGAGAUGGACGGUGUGCGGGACGAGGAACUGUUGCCCGACAAGCUGGCCAGGACAGAGGAGCCCCUGGAGCAGGCAAUCCAGUUCUUGCGACCGCUGCAACAGCUGGGUGCCCAGCAACUGGAGACUCACCUCCUUGCAUUUGAGAUCUACUUGCGCAAGAAUCGGCCCCUGCUCAUGCUGCAGUCCAUCAAGCGAGCUUUCCGCCUCGAUCCUCAGUGCCCCCGUCUGCAUGCCCACAUGUGCACUUUCCACAGCCUGGUGUCAAAGAGGAAGGACCUCCCAGGGCCUAUUGUAACAGUACUGGAGAAAGAAAUGGCUGAACUGUACCAGUCAAAGGAUGCACAGCAGCUGAAUGAAGAGUUUUUGGCUCAGCAUUCACGCUCUUUCCCACACUUACUCGAAGGUUGCCGAAUGAUGUACUUCCUGGACACAUCCAAGCAGAAGCAGGCUCUUCAGAUGGUGACAUCUCUAAACAAUGACCUGGAGGGAGUCACUAUUGAGAACUGCCUACGAACUCUCGAAUGCCUGACCAAGGGAGACAUGGGUUCGUGUGAAGCGGAGCUGGCACUGUUUCGCGCUGCUUGCCACGAGCGCUUUCCUUUGGCCAUUGCAUUCCGACCACCACAGUCGUCAGCCAAUCAUGUGCGGCCAGAGGAAUGACCCUGGGGUCUCCGGCCGUGCCAUGCAAGUCCCCCCCUCAUCCAGUGCCUCUGUUAGGCGUGGUCUGUGGGCACAGAUAACCUCCUCUGUUCUCCGCGUGGCACCGUGGGCCCACGUGCAGUGAGAGAAGAACCACCGUCGUAGGAAUCAUCUUCAAACUUGCUCUUCCCGACCGUGGCACCACAUGUGGCUGUGAGUGUGAUUGGUGUCACUGGACGAUCCUGCUCUGCAGAAUAAAGAAAGGAUGGUUUUCCUUUUCAGACUCUGAACACAUCGAGGGACGGCUUGUUGAAGUGUUCAGAACGGGGUAUUCAUGUUUUUGUUAUUUUCUCUUUGGCAGUGAAAAAAAUGGACUGUACUGUGGCAUACCAGAACAAAAGACCUUGUGCUGGCUGUAUGUAGUACAACCGGUGCUGUUGUUCCUCAGUGGGAUGCAUGGUACGGAACAGGUGCCGAACAGUCCGCCUUGUGUGCUGCGACUUCAAGAGGUUCAUAGUGGGACAGUUGUCGUGCGGGCAACUACCAGUCUGUGUGGAGGAUAAUUGCAUCUGGCGACUGCUACUGGAUAUUGAAGCCAUCGCUGACACGAACGUCCAAGCUGUUUGAAUUUGUGUACCAGCAGAAGCGUGCUACACUGAAUGGGAUGUUCCUCUCCCGCAGUGAGAUUUUGUUGAUACUUAGAACAGCCGAGGCAGUGACUCUUACCUUUUUUUUAGCAAUGUUAUGGAGAAAUAUUUCAGUUGCAAAAGCAAUAUUAAAGGUGCAGCAUUGCAGUGAACUUCUUUUAUUAGUGAUGCAAUGCUAGGUUACAAUUAUUGGCAGCAAUAUUGUAAAUUUUGUAAUAUCCGUUGUACUCUCUGAAAGGCUAAAACGUAUCGUCCACAGCUGUUGGUGUUGCGGCAAUGAGUUUCGAAACUAGACUGCCUCGUCAGCAGUAGAGCACCUUUUAUUGGAAGUGAUGGUAGACUCGUGUGGUGACACUGGAACAAUAGUGCGGGCCCUCGAUACAUUCUCCUUAUUUUAGUAAUCUUAGCCUACACAGUGGAGCAGUGUAAAUCAGAAAAGGUAGGUUUUGAGAAAGUGUACAGCUAGAGUACUUGAUAAAAUGGGUGUAUUGGCAAGUAUGGCAUUUUCAGUGAAAAGUAGUGCUGGCUGCUCGCUAUGGCUCACUUGGUGUAUGUGUGUAGUGAAAGACUGGUGCAUGUGCAUUUGUGUGCACUGAAGGUUUGUGCCCCUUCAGAAGUCGUCUUGCCACGUUGUUGGCAACACUCGAGAAGUCUUUUGUACUACGCUCACACACUUGCGCGCACACAGUCGCACAGAGACCGUAUUUAAUGACGGCUGGGUGCAGUCUGUCACUUGCCGUUGCAAGGUCAGGUUAGGCCAAGACCCAGGGACCUUUUGUCCUUGAGAGAAUGCUUUGUUGAGUUCCCUGAGUUUUAACUCGCCUGCGUUUUUGUUUUUUUUGUACGCGAAGAGUGGUUGGUGCCGUGUUGUUUGAAAUAAAAUAUGCUGCAUAGGUACGUGCUUUGGUAGUGAUUCAUGCAGGUGCAGUGUAGAACCUGUGUGUUACCACUUGUGUUUUGAAACAUAUUCUCAUAAAGGCACUGUGCCUUGUUGCAAA